AUGCGGAGAGGAGGUUCUGGCCGCUCUGGCAUCAGAUCGGUGGCCAUUGCCGCUGUACAGCGAAGGUCCUCUGCCCAAAACCACCAAGCCUCCUCCGCUGACGAGAGGGAUGACUCAGAGCGGAGAGCCUCACACCAAGUUGCACCAGAAAAUACGUGCCAUUUUAGUGGUAAGGAGCAACAAGGGCAACAGCAACAGGAGGAGCAACAAGGGCACCAACACAGGCCUAACAUGGGACCCAGUAGAAACUUGAGCACCAGCAUGCAAUCUCCCAAAGGCUCGCGUGUACAUGCUCAACGACGCGAGGCAGAAGGAUCAACUGAGCCAGAAUAUGACCCAAAGCUGUGGUCUAUCGUGCCUGUAAGCACGAAAACGGAGGCCUCUGAGGCAGAUACAUUAUCGGAUAGGACGGUGUUGGGCGGUCUUUUUUCCACUCGGAAGCCGAAGGAUGCAGGGGCUGGGCUUUCUUCUGGUCUUAAGUCGGUGGGAAAGGGCGUCGCUGUGGGAGCAGCAUCGCUUUUCGUUCUUCCGGCUGUGGGGGCGGCACAACAGGGAGUGGGCGGGUUCUUCAAGGGCAUCGGAGCUGGCGUAGUAGCCGCAGUGGCACUCCCCAUCACGGGCAUCUGCAUUGCCGGUUACCAAGUGACAAGAGGUCUGAUCAACACGCCCGAGGCCAUCCACGAAAAAAGCCAGGGAAAGAAGUGGGACAAGAAAGAGAGGGUGUGGAAGCCGAAUUGGUACAGCCUGCAGGAGGAGGCAGCGGACAUCCUGAACCGCGAGAAUCCUCAUAAACGAGACCCCUGUGCCAUCGGGGGCGCCAGCAGCAAAUCUGGAAGCCAAGGCGCCUCUGGUGAGCGCAAGGUCGUGGAUACAACGUUUUACGACGUUCUUGAAGUUUCCACUGAUGCCCGUCCGGAGGAAAUCCGUCGCCAGUAUUACCGUCUUGCGCGGAAGUACCACCCAGAUAAGAACCCAGAUGACCCCUUGGCCAAGAAACGGUUCCAGCAGCUCGGCGAAGCGUAUCAAGUGCUAGGGGAGGAAGAGAGGAGGGCGCAAUACGAUUUGCAUGGACAGGCAGCGGCGCAGGACAUGCCCAUUAUCGAUAGCAGUUUAUUUUUCAUGAUGCUUUUCGGAUCAGAAGCUCUCGAACCAUACAUCGGAAAGCUAAAAAUGGCCAUGUUCGUGGAAAUGGUCGAUGCACCGGGAAGCAAGGGCCUUCGAGGAGACGACAUUUCCGAGGAUAUGUUUGCUUUUGAGCAACGAAAGCGUGAAGUACAGCUGGCCGUGCUGCUGCAGCAGCGCGUCCAGCCCUACGUUGACGCAAUGCUGCAGGAUCCUCAGAAUGAGGCGCAGCAGCAACGGAAAGUUGACGCCUGGAAAGGUGUCAUGACAAAUGAGGCCAAGAAUUUGUGUCAAUCAUCAUUCGGAGACGCCAUCUUGGAGGCAAUCGCGUGGACUUACGAAAACUAUGCGACGCAGUACCUUGGAAAGCUGGACACGUUCUUGGGGCUCGGUGGCAGAUAUGCAAAGAUGCAAGCCCAGAGUCGGUCAGUUGGCAACAGCUGGCGAACGGCCGCCGCGGCGGUGAGGGCUGCAGUAGCCGCACGGCAGUUGCAGCAGAGAGAACAGAAAAGAGCAAAGAAGCAAGAGAAAGCAAAGAAAAAGGCUAAGGACGGAGAACAGCCUGCUGAUUCUGGGCCAACUGCUGAAGAUGUAAAGCAGUUCGAGGAGACGCUGCCGUUGAUUCUGGAGACAAUGCUCAGCAUUUGUCUCAUGGAUAUUGAAACUACCGUCAGAGCGGCGGCGAAAAAGGUCGUAAAGGACAUGAGCGUCUCAGUGGAAGUCAGGAGGCUAAGAGCUGAGGCCCUAGUGGCCUUGGGAAAAAUUAUUCAGCAGGAAGCCGACGACUUCAAGGCACAACACAAAAACGACAAAGUGGAUCCUCUCAGACGCAUGGAGGAUGCACUUAUCAAGGCAGCACAGAAGGCGGAUGAAGAGCGCUACAAGAGGGAAGGGGAUCAUACAGGGCCCCCUCCCCCAGAAGCCUACCAGCAAUCGUCAACUACGUCUCGCUUUCCCCCGGACUUCCUCUGA